UAUUGAGAAUUUCGGCUUCCAUAGAAUUACAAUAUUAAUACCAGAACAGAGUAACAGUGGCAAGUCAUUCACGGUGAAAACUUCAUUGUUUUUCUGUUUUGUUCAAAGCAAAAUUCAAAAUCAAACAACUUUUUGGCAGAAAUUGGUAACAAAAUUGUAAAUAAACAAAUUCAUGGGAUUAUAAACAUUAACGGUUUCGGACUAAAUUACCCGACAACAAAACAGAAAGCAGUAAAAACCAAGCAAUUAGAAUACAAAAAAAAAAUCGUUUAAAAUAAACAAAUAAUUUUGCGCAAUAAAACCAAAAAUUUAUUCUAAAUCACCGAUCUCGGCAAAAACGAAUCCAAUGUCUCGCCGCAGUAAGAAGUGCUGCUGGGAUGCCAACGAUUGGCUGCCGACCGAAGUCAUAUACUGGCUGAAUGUGCCCAGUUUUCCGCCGGUCUGGAGUCGCUUAAGCAAAAAGAACUCGGCCAAUGUGCCGCGUUGCAUACCGGCAAGCAAGUGCGGGGUCUACGACAUCGAAAUCCCGAAUGAGCUUUGGUCGUUAUGGGGCUAUCUGCAUCCGUGCAACGAAAUAUUCAAUCCUAAACCGUGCGGCAAGCACAGUUGGGCCUGCAACAUAGUGGCUUGCUGUGCGGCGAAACUCUAUCCGCUGGCGCAUUGGAAGCCACACCUCUUGGACAGCAUUGUGAUCAAUGGCGAUCGUUAUUACUACAAUAGUUUGCGUAAAUUCCGCGGUGAAAUCUAUCAAUUCACGCUAAAUGACCUGUGUGAUACUUGCUGUUUGGACAACUUACGCUUUAAGGUGCACAUUGAGAUGGUUUCAUAUGGCGCACUCUACGAGCAAGACAACUCGCCUAUAAAGAACUUAGCCAAGAGCUUGAUCAACUUCUUCAGUGAACAUAAGGUGGGUCUACUGCGUUGUCGGCACCUGCGUGCUCUGGUCAUUGGACGUGAUAAUUGCAACGGUUGCGUUGGUGGUGAUUACUUCAUGUUCGACUGCCAGAGCAAGGAUUAUCCACUCUUCGACAAGGGUGACUGUAGGCCCUACUUGCUGCGCUGUAAGACGCUGCAAAUGCUGCUCUACUGCAUUGUGAUGGCGCUUGAGGUGCGCAGCAAGAAAGUACAGUUUACGUUGCAUAAAGUUGGCAUCCGUUAUGAAGGUCCAAUACUCGAAGAUCAGGAUGAGGAUGAAUUAAAGAAGUUGCAGCGCAUCAUCGCAAGAAGAAAAGAGAAACCCGUGAAAGCGGGAAUUGCGAGAAUUCGAAAUAUUUGCAAAAGCAUUCAGUGUCCGAAGAGAUGACAAACAUAUUGAAUUGCGACAUAAAAAUAUCACGCAGAAACCCGUUCUGGAUCUAUGAUAUAGACCUACAAAAUUUUAAUGGACAGUGGAAUGUCCAACUGAGUCGAGGUAUGCCAAGCUGAUGUUUACUCCUACAAGGCUUUGGAAUAAUCGUUGAAGAGUCUUUAAAAAUAUCUGUGAUUAAUAGCUCUGAAAGCUUUCUGUGCCAGUUGCAAAUAUUCACAAAGAAAUGAAUUUGUCUACUGAGCCAUUGAAAGUUCAAAACUAUAAUCGGAAAGGGUUUGAAUAUGUCUUGUACUCUUCAUCAGCUCUGGUUUCGGACUCCGUACUACUGUAAAGUUUUUAAAGCCGACGAUGGAAGCCCCAUUAAGGCAGCAAUAGAAACACUGUUACAAAAAAUCUCUAUCGU